GUAUUACAGUACAAUAAUCUGGAUUUAAGUAAUAUUGUUUUAAUAUAAUUUUAAACCAUCAUACAGCCCAGAGCCAGAAUGCCACAGAUAUAAGAGGAGUAGUUCAAUUACGGUUAUGAGUAAUUUCUAGUUUUAUACAAGCGUUCAAAUUGUUAUGUCCCAGUGGAAAUUUGUAGCAUACUUGCUUCCAAAUAGGAAGUCCCUGCAGGUAUUGUGUGCUCCAGUGCGGCAAAGCUACUUUCUGUAGGGAUAGACCACUGACUACCGACAUGAAAAAUCUGGGUAAAAAUCUGAACAUAUGUAUAUUCUGUUAAUUAUUUUUACACUCUUUCUAAGACAUGCACAUUUGUAUUAUUGUAAAGCCACUCGUUCUCCUUUGAUACCCGUAUAGGUAUAUUCCGGGCAAACAUUCUUAAUAUCACGUGGACUCCGUCCUGCAUUCUACAAAUCUUCAUCUCCUAGAGACAGAAAAGCGUCUCGGGAGGGAAACACUUGCGUUUAUUGGCUAGCAGCUGCUUCCCUCGCUCCGCCUUUGUAGUUUGUGAACAAUUUCCUAGGAAUGGCUGUCAGGGUGCUGUUUUGUAACAUUUUAACAAAUUGCGAGGCAAAUGCACGCCUUGAAGAGAAAGCUGUUACAGUAAAACACCAUGAACAACUAAAGUAAUCGCAGUUGCUGAUUAAAAACUCCAGUGGGAGAGAACAGAUCUGAAAUUAAGAGCCUCUUUCAUCUUUCAGUAAACUGCUUUCUCAUACCAUGGGAGCAGGACUUACAGGUAGAGGACAAAAGUAACACAUUACCAACUCCAAGUUGUGACUAUCAGUCCAAGUCCGUGAAAAUGAAUGACAAUACUGAUUGUGGUUCACCUCAUCAAGGCUUGUAUGAACCAGCAACCUCACAUGCAGCAUCGUACUUUAGAGAGGGGCAUACCUCAUACCAACAAACAGAUUUAAAAUUUGAUAGCAGGAUCCCUUGGUCUAGUAGACGUUGCUUCUCUAGUCCACCUCUUGGGGAAUACAGCAGUGUGGUGAAGAUGAGUCCCAGAGGGCUGUCUGCCCCCCGACCGUCUUCAGUAGAAGCAUCUAAUCCUUAUUCACUACUGUCAAAAAAAAGUACAUCUCAGGUUUGGAAGUCUCUUAAUACAGCCACUCGUUCUGGUAGGUUCUUGCAUCAUAACCUAGAUGAGCCGCUGGAUUCCAAGCAUAACAGGGAAAAGUGUCCUUAUCAGGCUGAUUACUGGGCAUGUGCAAUACCUAGCUCCUUACCUCCAUCUCCCAACCGAAAGUCUCCUCAAUGGGAUCCUGAUGAUGAAUACAGGGUCUUGCUUGAUUACACCUAUCCCUUAAGUGCAAGUCAUUCUCAUUCCAGGGGCAGAUCAGAUGGGGAUCCCAUAGUUUCUGAUCCAUUGCUGCAGGAUUCUGGUAUAGAGCUUGAUGACAGCUUCUGUUUCUCCACUGUCAACACUCUGGGGUCAACAGUGUGCCUUGAAUGCAACACUGAGGUUUUGAUAAAGGACAGUUCAGCUACUGAGAGCCCGUUCUCAGGCAAAGGCUUACUACCCUCAGGUCCAGAGUUUAAGGAACCCAGUCAUUUGAAAUUGGGUUUUGCACACCAGCAGCAUGUAGGUUCUUCAAGAAAAUCCAUCAGCCCAUAUUCUUCAGUUGACCAUGUGGAUCUUUCAUUAGAAAACUCCAAUUGUUCGACCUGGUUUGAAUUGCACAGCAAAAAAUUUGAACAGAGAAUGUGGCACCGUAAAUAUGGGGUCUUUUCAUCUGCUUCAUCCAAGCCUUGUUUUAUCCCCACUACACAGAUCCUUCCACCACACAAAGCAUGGGACAAUGAUGAAGAAUACCUUUCUCUGCCUCUAAGGCUAAAGGAGUUGGAGGUAUUAUCACAACAAUUAAAUACCAUAGCGGUGCAGAUAAGCAAGCCUGGGGAUAUGCGUUGUGAAACACAAUCCGUUCUGGAAAAGGAUACUGCUUCAUCCAAGGCCCUGUAUAAUCAAGCAGAGCCCACGACUGGUAAGGGAAUUGCAGAUGCUGGUGCCCUAUUUGAUACGCAAACCAUCAAGGAAGACUGUGACCUAGAGAAUGAUUUACAAAGUGCGGAUGGUGAACUUACAAUAAGCAGGCUGAAGACGGUCUCUUAUUUUAUGGAGCAGCUUGGAGGAUUAUCUCUUUUUGAAUUUGAAAAGAAGACACAAAUUGAUCCCAGCGGUGGAGAAACAAAGGAAUCGCUUAUGCAACACAUUCAGACAUUUUGCUAUAAACUGGGGGAGCUAAUUCAAUGGCUAUACAAAGUAGCUGAGCAAAUGAACAACUGGAAUCCUCCAGCACCAGACAUCGAUAGUGUCAAGACCUCACUUGAUGUUUACAAGAAGUUCCAGAAGGAAGUGGAUGAACACCAGCCUCUUACCACAGCAGUUUUAAAAACAGGAGAAAUUCUUCUUGGCUGCAUGAGCUCCACCUUCCCAGUUUUAAAGGAAACUCUGGGGUUGGUUGAAAAGCAGUCGCAGGCCCUGGACAAGCAUGCAGAACACUUGUACUCGUCGAUACUGACCGCUAUGGAUAUCAUUCGAGAUGAGGUGCUGACAAAGUCUGACCUAAGUGGUGAUUCCACUGUGGAUUCAGUUGAGGUAAAAAGUAAGGGUCAACAGCUGAAUGAAAGUAGAUUUGUGGAACAAGAUCCAGAACUAUGAAGACACAUUAUCUCCAUCAACACUACAUUUCACUGGUUAUGUAAAUGUAGCCUUGAAUUUUUUUGUGGCAUUAAUAUUUCUGUUGUGCUGUACAAUAAGAUGUAUAACACACUAGUGUAGAAUCUGCUUUAAGGUUAGUCUAUUGCCUAUAAUGAUUUGAAUAUUGUAUAUUAUUAUGCCAUUUUUUAGGAAUGCAAUUAUCAUGUUUGAAAUGUUCCACAUUUUUAUUUGGAAUAUAAUGUGGGUUUUAUAACUUAAUUUAUCUUUCAUAAAUGACUGCUCAGGCAUUCAUUGAUGAGUAAAUUGCCUUGCUCUAGGGUUAGAUUUAAACUGUGUCACCGCUGUAUUUAUAAGGAGUUUUGAAGUUUUGUUAUCACAUGGCUAUUUGCUGCAGAUCCUCCUUUGUCUGAAAGUUUGAUUAAUAUGUGCAAUAGAACAGGGAGAUAAUGUGGAUCAAGCAGCAUUAGACGCCUUGCUACAGCCAACAGCCUAACCCUAAGCCACAUCAUUAUGAUUUAAUGAUUAGUAUUGGUGAAACACAUUUGGAAAAAUGAAAAAAAAAAAAAACCCAAAGAGGAACAAAGAUUCAGACCCUUGAUUUUAAAUUGAGUAAAGAUUUUUAGCUGCUCAGCUGUUUAAGGAAAUGCUACUAAAAUAAAUCACUUUCAACGAAAUUCUCAUUAAGUCUAAUGUACUUCUGCAAACUUGAUGAAUAAGCAACAUUAAGUAAAUCCUACCACAAAUGUGCAGGUUUUGCAAUAAAACACUUGUGUUCACAUAAUUGUGCAUGUUGCAUGGCAUUACAAAACUUUCAGUCAGCACUGUAUUCAGUGAUUUUCACCAAGCAGCAUCUUUUUUCAUUAAUAAAUUAGUAAUAAUUAGUAAUAAUGAAUUAGUAAUAAUGAUUUCAGUGUAUCUCUGCUGUUUUGUCGCCUUACUUGUGACUUGUUCCAGUGAACUUAAAGAUUGUAAUCAUUUGUGUUUGUGUUGUUUCUACUCUGAGUUGUUCUCUUCUCCUACUUUGACAUACUUUGUACUGAUACUGCAAAGUACUUUUAAUGUAGUAAUUGUGAACUGAUGAAAGGUUGGAAAUGCAGUUUUUUUAUGGGGGUUUACAAUAUUAUCUGAACAAUGCAGUGGUAUUUUUUUUUACAGAAAUUCAGCUUUAACAUCAAGGGGAUCUUAAAUGGAAAAACUAAAAUAAUUUUUGACAAUAACUAAAGUAAACUAGGAUGCAUUUUGCCGCACAACAACAUCUUUGGAAUACAAUAUUUAUACAUCCAUCACGUUUGAGAAUGCAGCAAAUCUUCAUUCCAAAAGUGCAUUGGUACCUGCUUAAAUACUAGUCCCUAGUCCCUUACAGUAAUUUAGCCUUCACUGCUGCUGUCUAUGGUACCAGCAAUUUCUGAUUUCACAAAGGAAACCUCAUGUCCAGUUUAAGGAGCUUUGCUGAUUGCAGUGAGUAUAACAGUAAUGAUACACAUACAAAAUAAAUUCAAAAAGUGAGAUACAUUACCCUUGCAGUAUUGCAAUGUCUCUUAAAUGUAUUUUAAAAUAAAUAAAAUCACUAGACAAAAAAUAAUGGUGUUUUGUUUUGACUGGUGCUUUA